AUGUACAGCGCCGUCAGUGGUAUCAGGAAAACGAGUCACGCACACCUCCCUCGUCAGUUCUUCCUUGUUUUUAAUGAUGACAUCAUCCAGAACAGGGCGGUGUGUGCCAUUACCAUUCAGCGCCGCAUGUUUGUGUUCUCUGCGAGUGACGACGAUGCACGAGCUCUGACGUGCAGUAAGCGUUUCGGGUACGUGCCAUUGGCGAGCAGUCAUUUCUGCCGCGAAUUCCGAAGCCAAUGGCAUAUCUGCACGAUGUCCCCCCGUCCGAAUCUCGCAAACAAAACAGAACAUCUCGUAUGUUUAUGGCGAGGCAGCUCCCUGAAAACUGGAAUAUACAAUCUUCGAUGGCGGGCUCACACACGAGGAUUGGCUCGUAUUGCUGCGUACCUGUGCAAGACUGGAGGGAUCCGUUUCCAAAAAGCAGAGAGCUGUCACCAGAGGAAGAAGCCCAGCUGCGCACUGUUGUUUGCCUUCGACUUGUAG